UUUCCUAAGCUCUGCCAACGCAUGGACGUGUCAAACAGCCGUUUUUAAUUGCUAGUCACCCUAAUUUAUCGGAUGACAUUGUUUUGGUAAAUGGAGUUAAGCCGAGUAGUAGACCUUGAUCUUUUGCUUUAGUGCAACCAUCUUCUGUUUACACUUCACUUGGCCAUGAAAUACAAUACAAAUAGGCGUUAACGUUAGUAGAUAAUUUCUCCGUAAAAGGGCUCUGGUACUUCUUAAUUUGGCGUGAACGUCAACGUUACUAGUUGACUUUACGAGUUGACUACAUUGCGUCUCUGAUUUGACUGAACUGAAGCUGAUGUUCGUUUGUAGAUGUACAUAUGUGCAUUACCAUUUUGUUAGCCCCUGUGUGUGCUACUUUGUUGAGUUUGUUUUCGCUGUUGUCCCCUUUUGCUCUAUUGUUACCGAGAAUAAUGUGGUACCAUCAGCCACUUGAUGUGUGGCGAUGCUGCCGUCACUGCACAAGACUAGCAAUAUGUUAAACUUUGUAGAAUAGAACGCUAGGGAUCGACCCAUCACAUGACAAUCAGUCAAGGCGUGAGGCACAAGUGGAGCUGGGCAGCGCUUGCCAUGGGGAAUACCGGUGGCCAUACCGGCAGCAUGCGCAUCCCCCCGGGGAAUGGCCCCCACCAGGUGGGCUGCACGGAUCUCAUGGUGGGCCAUACCACAGAGGGUACUUUCCUCAGGCUGUUCUAUCCAUGCAAUACUCACGAGGACUCGGAAAGACCAGAAUGGAUCCCCAGUCAGGAGUAUUUUAACGGCCUGGCCGACUUCAUGAAGAUCAACCGCUCCAUCAGUGAAAGAAUCUUUAACUACCUCUUUGGGGCAUGUAAAAUCCCAGCUUUUUGGAAUGCUUCUUUCAAACCAUGUGGAAAGUGUCCAGUGGUUGUCUUCUCACAUGGACUGGGUGCUUUUAGGACUUUGUACUCAGCCAUAUGUUGCGAGCUGGCCUCCCAAGGGUUCAUUGUUGCGGCUGUGGAGCAUAGGGACGAAUCUGCAUCUGCGACAUUCUAUUUCACGGAAAACGCAGAAGCAGAGCAGCAGAAGGAGCAGGCUUCGUGUAAACCGCCCAGUGUCAACCCCCCGCACCUCAACCAGCAGUGGAUGUACCAUAGACCUAUAAAACCGGGGGAGAGCGAGUUCCCCCUCAGGAACAAACAGGUCAAGCAAAGGGCAGAUGAGUGCAUACGGGCUUUGGACCUGCUCAUCGAAAUCAACUCUGGUAGCCCAGUGGAAAAUGUUCUGCGCACGCAGUUCGACUUCUCAACAUUAGAGAACUGUAUGGACCUAUGUAAGAUUGCCAUUAUGGGCCAUUCAUUUGGAGGAGCCACUGUCAUUGAAGGUCUGUGUAAGGAAGGCAAAUUCAAGUGUGGCGUUGCACUGGACGCGUGGAUGUUCCCAAUAGAUGAGGAGAUCUUCCCACGAGUCAAGCAACCCAUCUUCUUCAUAAACUCGGAGAAAUUCCAGUGGGCCGGCAAUAUCUUACGCAUCAAGAAGCUGGAUUCUGCAUUCAUUCCCCGUAAAAUGAUUACGAUCAGGGGUACAGUGCAUCAAAGUUUCCCUGACUUCACCUUCCUGACGGGAAAUUGGCUGGGCAAGCUGCUGAAGUUGAAAGGGGACAUUAACCCAAAUGUGGCGAUGGACCUGUGCAACAAAGCCUCUUUGGCAUUCUUGCAGAGACACCUGUCUCUUGAGAGAGACUUUAAUCAGUGGGACCCACUGAUUGAUGGGAAGGAUGACAACUUAAUUCAAGGCACCAACAUUACUGUACCGCAGUCGUCUAUAUGAGCUGUAUCCUCCAGAGGGAGAUAGAGCCUUUUGCUCGAAAAGUUGUUUCGUAUUCCCAGUGGAACUGGAAAUUAAUGGGGAACAAAAAAAAGGCCAGCUGCAUCCACCCGUACUCCACUCCGUGGAAUAUUAACGGUCCAGCCCAAAAUGUGUGAUUUUUAUGAUCAGGAUAACGUGUGAUGCUUUUUACAUGGAUGAGUUUUAAAUUACAUGUAUAUCAGUACCACUAUUUUUGUUUCUACAAUUUUCAAUCAUACUCAAGUUUUUUCUAGGAAGAAAAGUAUGUAUUUGAUGUGUACUUACAUGUAUAUUGUGUACAAUAAGGCUGAGCCAAUGCUGGGAAAAACGUUUGGUUUAUUGCCCUGAAUUGCAGCCGUGCAGGUUUACCAUCACGGACUGCAAUAUACACCUUUAUAAACUGGGCCGAGAACAUUGGAAUAUUCUGCUCAUUAGUAUUUCUGCUGUAAUAAAUGAUUCAUAUUAAUUCAUUCAUUUAUAGAAUGUGGAUGAAAUGUUCUGUGGGUUGAAGUGGGUUAAGGUUUUGUAAAAACAUUUCACGACAGCCCUCCUUAAAAAAGGAUGCAGUCUUCAUAAGACAGCUAAACAAAUUCAAGACGAGUCUUUAGAAUGAUAUCAAUUUCACCAAGAUUGUGAUCAGUAUUCACUAACCUACAACUGUGCCUUACUCUGGUUCCUCACCUUAAUUCCAACAUAUUUUCCAUUAUCAUAAACAUUAUGCCAAAUCCUAUUUUAAUAGUAUUGUAUCAGUAAUCAUGCGUUGUGCUAUAAAUACAUAAACACAUCUGUAGCACUUUUUAAGCUAAUUGAAUUCCAUGUGAUGAGACCUCAGAUGCCAUCCAUAUCCUUUUCCUCAAUGAUUACUAUAAUAAAACAUUCACUUGUGAUCCUUUUAAAGACAUUCAUUAUAUGUUUUCAUUGUACUUUGCCAUUGUUGAUUAAAAUAGAAAUAUAUAUUAUAUCUUGA